AUGGACUUUGCGUGGGAAGCUGAUGGGAAGAAUUGCGCUAAGACAUUUUUCACCCUUCUCAACAUCGUCUACGAAGACAUGGCCACGCUGAAGAAGAGGUGCGAGGACGCCACGAAAUACGGCUGGAAGAACAAGAAAAUAUGCAAGACGCAGAAGGGCACAGGAAAUUCACUCGGCGCUUUCUUCGAGAGGUGCGGCUACAGGAUCCCCAGUGAGGACAACGGCAAGCAGGACGCCGAGCUGCAGUGCAAGGAAAGUAUGAAGGGAUCAGAUCUGCUGGUAAAAUUGGCUGAAUCAUUAACCGAUACGUAUAAUAACGCACAUCUUAAUACGUGCGUAAAAGAAAAGCACCAUGAAGGUCAAAAAGCAAAAACAUUAUAUGAUCUCUUCGACCUUCUCGAUUGCCUGCUCAGCCACUUCAACGAGUACAAUGAAGUCUGUCACUACUCUACAUUAUCCGCAACUAAAUCACCGUGUAGCAUAUUCGAAAUUCUAGUUUGGAUGUCAGGGCUCCCGCAUCAUCCCGUAUUUACAGAUAUGCGUGACGUGGCCGUGACAGACUUAUUCGAGGACCCAAAGAAGAAGAUGAAAGAAGUAAUUGACGGCGUUGAAAUGGAAGUAACAGACAUGAGCACCGUGCCCAUAAAAGCACACCCGAACAGCAUAACAUUCAAUCAUACGCAAGCCGCAGUGACGCAUAUGUGCUCACAGGCGUACGAUCUUCUCGUUUGCAUCCUCGGCACCGGGGACGCCGAGACCAUUUACGGUGUUGACUUCUGCACCAACUCACUUAAGUUGAAAUACCCUAAUAGAGGUGCCGAUUGCCUUCAGAUGUUCCUUGAAAUUCUCCGUAGACUGUUGCCAACACUCAGAUAUCUGGAAACCAUGUGCAGCUAUCCCGCUAGCAUCGGCGGUUGGUCACAGUGCCGUUACGGCAAAGAUGUGAAGCCAGCCAAAUGGCCGUGUGACGAGCAUCCUAAGCCCGAACCAAGAGGCCAACCAAAGGGCCAGGCAACGUGCCAGGCAAACACCGAACCAAACUGCCAACCAAAAUCCCUCUACAAAGCUACUUAA